UAUAAAAGGAUAUGAUACAUUUUCAUUUCCAUCACACAAUCUCCAUCGAGCAAGUAGCUCCAGCAGCACUUACUCGGAAACAAGAUGAAGAUCAAUAUGAAAUUAGCGUUUUUGUUCCUGAUUGUUGCUGUGGCUUACGUUACAGCUGAACCAGAACCUGAACCACAUGAUGACAAGAAAGUAAUAGUUAUUAAAGACAAAAGUGAACACCACCAUCACCACCACCAUCAUCACCAUCACCACCAUAAGCAUGGACACGAACAUAAGCAUGGUCAUGAACACAAGCAUGGUCAUGAACACAAGCAUGGGCAUGAUCACAAACACGAGCAUGGACAUAAACACGAGCAUGGCCACAAACACGAACAUGGUCACAAACACGAACAUGGUCACAAGCAUGCUCACGCUCAUAAGCAUGGCCACGAACAUAAACAUGGACAUGAACAUAAGCACGGACAUGAACAUAAACAUGAUCACGCUCAUAAACAUGGCCAUGAACACAAACAUGGACAUGAACAUAAACACGAACAUGGACACAAACAUGGUCAUGCACAUAAACAUGAACACGGACACAAACAUGGUCACCAUCAUCAUCAUGGACACAAGCACGAGCACGGUCACAAACACGAACAUGGACAUAAACAUGGUCAUGGACACAAACAUGAACACGGUCACAAGCACGGUCAUGAACACAAGCAUGGUCACGAACAUAAGCAUGGCCACGAACAUGGUCACAAACACGGUCAUGCCCAUAAGCAUGGUCAUGAGCACGGACAUAAACAUGGACAUGAACACAAACACGGUCACGCUCAUAAACACGGUCAUGAACACGGUCACAAGCACGGUCACGAGCACAAGCAUGGUCAUGGACAUAAACACGAGCACGGUCACAAACACGGACAUGAACACAAGCACGGUCAUGAACACAAACACGGUCAUGGUCACAAACACGAGCACGGACACAAGCACGGUCAUGAACACAAGCACGGACACGGACAUAAACACGGUCAUCAUCAUGGUCAUCACCAUGGACACAAACACCAACACAAAUGGCACGGAAUCAUCCACGGACAUGGUCUCGAUGCCGGACAUGGCCUUAAUGUCGAAUCUCAUGGAUUCGAGCAGCCAGAAGCUGAAAUUCACCACGGAUUGGAUAUUGAACCUGAAGGCAUCCAUGCUGAAGGCUUAGAUGUUGAAGCUGAACCUGAAUCAGUUGAAGCUGAGCCUCAUCACCAAGAAGAACCCGAGCAUGUUGGUUUCAAUAUAGAAUCAUUCGGUCACGAUGAACCCAUUGUAGGUUUCAAUUCAGAAAUCAAACACGAGCCUCUUUUUGCUGGUGGACAUGGUGUAACUCACGAAUACCGACAUUUUGGCCAUGGAAGUGGACUGACAAACCCUCUGUUUUCAAAAUUAGGAGGAUUUCAUGCCAACUUUCCCGAAAUCAAAAGAAAAGACGCCAUUGUACAGUAAUGUAGUGCCUUGAAUUUCUGAAAUAACGAUUAAUUUAUGGAACUUUCAAACAAAUGAGUGAAAAUCUGUUUUUUCACAUUCCUAUUUAUUUAUAAAGCCUCGGCCAUAACUCAUGAUUCCCAGUGUGAUUGGGAAAAUCAUUGAUCAAUAAGUUUCAUAUUUUUACUGCAAAAUAUCAAAUUUUUGCCCUGGAGUGAAUAUCACCGGGCAUGUGAAUUUGAGUUAUGUAUUAUAAUGUACAAAAGCAGCAUGUACGUAUAUUUUGCCAAGGCAUAAGUGUUGUAAAAUAAAGUCAUUCAUAUAAAAUGAA